GCGAGGCACCGCACGAAUGCACACUCUACACUCUCGUGUAGUCUCGUGUCGCCUCGUACCAACUUGACGUACACUCUCCAAAUUUAUACUCAUUUGGGCGUUAACGAUUAUGCAAAAUGGACGUGGUCGAGUUAACCGCCGCGGCAGCAUUGUGUGCUUUUAGUUACUAUAAUUUCCUCAAUAUUUACCAAAAAAAAAAUAUUAAAAAACCAUGGAAAAAAAGGAGAUGGUGGAUGACAAAAAUACACCGAAAUAGAACAAGCCAAAGUACCGAUCAUAUGUUAGCAGAAUUGCUUUUUGAACCUUCAGGCGAAUUUGAAAAUUUCCUACGAAUGUCAUCAUCAGAUUUCUCAUAUAUACUAGACAAGAUUUCACCUGUGAUAUCUAAAAAACACACUCAAUUAAGAGAACCUAUACCUGCCAAAACCAGACUUGCUAUCACUUUACGAUUUUUGGCUACUGGAGAUAGUUAUAAGAGUUUACAUUUUUUGUUUAAAGUGUCCAGUCAAAUCAUUUCAAUUAUUGUUCCAGAAGUAUGUGCUGCAAUCAACGACCUUCUCAAAGAUGAAAUAAAGUUGCCAUCUUCUGCUGCUGAGUGGUUGUUGGUAGAAGAGGGAUUCAAUAAAAAAUUUCCCCAUUGUAUCGGAGUAAUAGAUGGAAAACACGUUGUUUUGCAAUCCCCUCCCCAUACAGGAUCAGAAUAUUAUAAUUAUAAGAACUCAUUCAGCAUUGUUUUAAUGGCAUUAGUCAGUAGUGAUUAUCGCUUUAUAUAUGCAGACAUCGGAAGUCAAGGGCGAAUCAGUGAUGGCGGUGUACUUAGAAAUUCGUUAUUAUGGCAAAAAAUUUGUUCAAAUAGCCUCAAUUUACCAACCCCAUCACCCCUUCAUGGUUCGAAUACUAGUACAGAUAUUCCAUAUGUUUUUUUAGGGGAUGGGGCAUUUGCUCUUAGUGCGAAUUUAAUGAAACCAUAUCCUGGAAACCAUGCAGUCGGCUCACCAAAACGAAUAUUCAAUCAAAGAUUAUCAAGCUCACGCGUUGUAGUAGAAAAUGUGUUUGGGAUAUUAACGGCUAAAUUCAGAAUUUUUAAAAAACCCAUCUUACUAGAACCCGAAAAAGUAUCAAUUAUAACUAUGACAUGCAUACUAUUACAUAAUUUUUUAAGAAGGAGCGAAACCUCUGCAUCAUUAUAUAACCCUCCAGGAACGAUGGACGUGUGUGAUGAAAAUGGUUUAAUAAUUCAAUCAGGUUCUUGGAGAAAUUAAAUCGAAGGAAAUGGUGCAUUAAGACCCUUUAAUCAUAUACCUCGAAGAUCACCCAUGGAUGCAACCCAGAUACGAGAAGAAUUUACAUCAUAUUUUUUCAAUAAUAGACAGUAAUAAAACAAUAGUACAGUUAUAAACAGUGAAUUCUAUAAUAAACUUUGUAAUAUUAUAAUAAUAAACUCGAUUCAAUACAUUUAUAUUUGUAUGAAUAAAAUUGUAUUGUUAAUAAGAUGUUAAUUUCAAAUACAGUACAGUGUACCACUCUA